ACAUUGCCUUUUCGCGGGAACGAGACCAUUUACGGAAACACUUUCAUUACGUUAUGUAUUACUCGUCAAACCCCAAACCAGGUAACGUUGGAGACUUCCUGCAUGAGCCUACACAGGAGAGCGAAGAUGUUGAAUUUCAACGGGCUGACAGCCAGUACGAAGACAAAUCUGAAAGGUUUCUCCUGAAAGAUAAGAACUUCGCCCGCCAGUAUGCACACUUGUAUGCGGAAAGAUUGUGGAUGAUGAGAGGAAAACUGGAGAAGGCAGCCAGAAAUAAAUGGGGGAAAGAUGUAAAUGUGAAGAAACUUCACGAGCUUCAAAAUAAUGAAAAAUGUGUAAUUAUUGGAACACUGUUCAAACACAUGGAACUUCAGCCCAGUAUUUUGAAGGAGAUCAGUGAGGAGCAUAACCUGAUGCCCCAACCAUUGAGAACCCGGUUCGUGAACGACACAGACAAACUUAUCCUGGAAGAUGAAUUACAAAGAAUUAUACUGCUGGGUAAAAUAGAUACUCCCACUUCGGUUACAGGAGUCAUUAUGGCAGUGUAUGGUAUUGAGCCAGAGGAUGAUCAAGGAAAAUUCCAUGUUGAAGAUUACUGCUUCCAGGAACUACCUGCUCAAGUCCCUAGGCCUGCACUAAAACAAGACAAGUAUAUAGCGUUGAUCUCGGGGAUAGAGGCAGGCGGGAAUCACGAGAAAAUGUUUCCUCUCCAGCUGUUUGUUGACUUGGUGACCGGUCAGCUUGGAGACGCCGGACAGCAGGAGGACUCGGCCAACAUCGUUAGGGUCAUUGUUGCCGGAAACUCACUCAGCCAGGACACACAAGACAAAGACAGUAUCAAUAAGGCUAAAUAUCUCACCAAAAAGACGGCGGCUGGCAGUAUAAAUGCAGUCAAGGAUUUGGAUGACUCUUUUACCCAGUUGACUUCGUGUGUGGACGUUGACCUGAUGUCGGGACAGUUUGACCCGGCUAACUACAUCCUCCCUCAGCAGCCCCUGCACAAGUGUAUGUUCCCCCAGGCGUCCUGUUACACCACCUUCCACACGACCACCAACCCUUACCACUGUAGGGUGGACGGAGUCAGUAUCCUGGGUACCUCUGGUCAGCCGAUUCAUGACAUAAUGAAAUACAGCACAAACGAAGAUCCCGUCGAUAUUUUAGAAAAAUGUUUAAGGUGGGGUCAUCUAGCACCUACAGCUCCAGACACACUAGGUUGCUACCCAUACUACAAAGAAGAUCCGUUCAUAAUAAAAGAAUGCCCACAUAUUUAUUUUGCUGGAAACCAGUCAUCUUACGGCUGCAGACUACAUAAAGGUUCGUCAGGCCAGCAGGUACUGCUCGUCAGCAUACCCAGGUUUUGCCAGACCAGUACAUGUGUGCUCAUUAACCUGAGAACUCUGGAGUGUCAAGCUUUGGAGUUUAACACAGACUUUCCCGAACCAGCAAAGGGGAGUCCUGAUGUGGACAAGUGACAUUGACAGUUUGGAAACCUUGACAAUAGACUUUUUUGUCUUACAUACCUCAUACAGUAAACUGUUAUAUGUCUGUGUUACAAACCAGGAUUGUUAAACAUUGUAACAAGUUCAGAUACAGUGUCUAAAAUACACACAAACAGUCACAGCAACCCUGUACAGACUUCAACUUGACGUUUUGUUUUAAUCGUCCAGCAUCCUUGUCUGACCUGAAAGUGAGUUAUUUGCUGGCCUCGUCAAUAUCCCAAAAAAUACAAGUGGACAGCAGAGCAAAGUUAUAGCUGAUGUUUGAAGGUUUUGGUUGUGUGGUCCGUCCUGUAACUGUCUGUAUCAGUAGAACUAUAUACUGGGAAAUUUUCACCGCAGUUAAACUUUCACCUUUUUAGCUCACCUGGCACGAAGUGCCAAGUGAGCUUAUG